AUGAAUAUUUUCAGGUUAGCUGGGGACAUGACCCAUUUGGCCAGCGUCCUGGUCCUCCUCCUCAAGAUCCAUACCAUCAAGUCCUGCGCAGGUGUCUCAUUGAAGACUCAAGAACUCUAUGCACUCGUUUUUGCUUGUCGCUACUUAGAUAUCUUUACUAAUUAUGUAUCUCUCUACAAUACCAUUAUGAAGUUAAUAUUCUUGGGAAGCUCAUUUUCUAUUGUGUGGUACAUGAGAUAUCACAAGGUUGUUCGUAGAUCAUAUGACAAAGAUCAAGAUACCUUUCGCCAUUACUUUCUUGUAUUGCCCUGCUUAGUAUUGGCCCUAUUAAUUAAUGAGAAAUUCACAUUUAAGGAGGUGAUGUGGACAUUUUCCCUGUAUUUGGAAGCUGUUGCUAUACUUCCUCAACUAGUACUUUUGCAGAGAACUAGAAAUAUUGACAAUUUGACUGGACAAUAUGUGUUUCUUCUUGGUGCAUACAGAGGACUAUACAUUCUCAACUGGAUCUAUCGCUACUUCACUGAGCCCCACUUUGUUCAUUGGAUAACAUGGAUUUCUGGCCUUGUUCAAACACUGCUCUAUGCUGAUUUCUUCUAUUACUAUUUCCAAAGCUGGAAGAACAACCAAAAGCUUCAUUUGCCAGCGUGA